UCUUCGGUGCCGAGUGCGAGAUGAUAUAUUCCUUACGGUUUCGUUGACUUCCGUGGUGGUCUGUUCUGCUCGCGACUGUAGAGGGACAUUGACAUUGCAUGCGCUUGUUUUUUUGCAUUCGGUGCUUUGCGUGUCUGCGAGCUUGCUCUGUCAUUCCAGGCUUUCGCUCGAUUUGGCCUCUGAAUUUGAAAAUUGUUUUGAGUGGAGGUUGUUUCUGAUAGAGUGACGUUUAUGGAGCUAUGGACUUGUGAAAAAUCUGACUGGAGUGAGAGAAUAUCUGUUUAUCUCCUGUUUGACGGUUCAUGCUUAUUUUCUCACCUGUCAUGCCUUCCCGGAAGACAAUUUACGCUUGUUAUGGUUUGCUUGCUCAGAGUUUGGGACGAGGGGACCUUUACAGUCAGGGUCGAAAUCACUCAGAUCCACGCGUGAACGUUUUCCUGGUGAGAAGAUUGUGUAUUCAUGAGCGCUGCUGGAGUGUAUGCAGCAUCUCCAAUCGAGGUCCUUCACUUGAAUCAGUUUGGGGAUUGAUCGCGAGAAUGUGGCUGACUGGAUCCAUGGAGGGUCCAAUGCCUUAGUAUCAUUUGUUUAUCAUCAGUCUUCGCUUCUGACAUGCGUUUUCGCCUUCUUGAGAGAAAAAGGGAAACACACUCUUUAUCUCGUGUGUGUCGUUUAGCUUGCUGAUAGUUUUUUGUCCUCGUUCGUGUCAGAGAUGUCGCGAAUCUUUGCUGCUUCUAGCAACAAACUAAUGGAGUGCAACAAAGAGGAGGCUGUCAGGACAAAGGAAAUUGCGGAAGUACGUAUGCGAAGCAAUCACUUUGCAGAGGCAUUGCGCCUUGCACAGAAGGCCCAGCGUCUUUUCCCGGAGCUUGAGAACCUAUCCCAAAUGCUGGCUGUUUGCGAGAUUCAUUGUUCUGCACAGACCAGAGUUUCUGGAUCUGAGCAUGAUUGGUAUGCAAUCAUACAGGUUGAAGAGUCUGCUGAUGAUACAACUAUCAGGAAGCAGUACAGGAAGUUUGCUUUGUUACUUCAUCCAGAUAAAAAUAAAUUUACUGGUGCUGAGGCAGCUUUCAAGCUGAUUGUUGAAGCGAAUAGGGUGUGAACAAACCAGAUGCAGCGAAAAUUAUAUGACAGAAUGUUUAGGAAUUCAGAGCGGCCACAGAAGCCAGAUCCUCCACCAACUCGGCACUCUGGUGGCAGGAGAAAAAAAGGAAUCCGAAACAAAUCAGAGAGCCCUCCUAAUUCACAAUUUCCAAGUUCAAACGCUGAUCAGCAGGAGCAGCAGCAGACUUUCUGGACCAGAUAACCCAUAUGGUUAAUUUUGAUUUUGAUUUUAUUAUUUAAGAAGGUUGUUUUUUGAGAAAAAUAGCUUUUAUAUUAUGGAUAUUAGAAAUCCUAUUUAUAGGAUUUAUUCCACCUCCCCCAUA